UUCAGGAAACGAUUCAUGGGUUUGGUGUGCAAUUCGAAAUAUAACGGGCAGCGAAACGCAACAGACUCCCCCCCUCACAGAUUGUGGUAUUGGCCACUGUUGCGCGUUGGUUUGCAAUCUAUUUGAGCUUUUUGGUGAUGAAACCAGCCAGAAAGAGUAGAUUUUCCCUGUUUGGGAACAUAUUCAGCUGAUCUGAGCCAGACCCUUGGGAUGAAUGGGACCUUUAGAGUGAGGCCCCGAAUGCGCAGGCUGGGGCUGCGGUGCAGGGUACACGGCUGCUCCAUUGGACAGCUGCGGCUACUUAGGGGAUUGUCUUGGUGCAGGUGAUGGAGAUGGCAUGGAAGCUGACACUAGGGGCCCUGACUGAGGUAAGGAGAUGGUGGACUACAUCACAAAGUACCUGGGCUCCAUCAGGGAGAGGAGGGUCAUUCCAGAUGUGAAACCAGGUUACAUGAGGCAGCUUCUUCCUGAGACUGCGCCUACAGAGCCGGAGGACUGGGAGAAUAUCUUCAACGAUAUUGAGAAAGUCAUCAUGCCAGGGGUGGUUCACUGGCAGAGCCCUCACAUGCAUGCCUACUAUCCCAACCUGACUUCAUGGCCCUCUAUGCUCGGGGACAUGCUGGCAGAUGCCAUCAACUGUAUUGGAUUCACCUGGGCCUCCAGCCCAGCAUGCACAGAGCUGGAAAUGAAUGUGAUGGACUGGCUGUGUAAAGCACUGGAGCUCCCCUCCUUCUUUCUCCACCACCAUCCUGACAGCAGAGGUGGAGGUAUACUGCAGAGCACAGUCAGUGAGAGUACACUGGUUGCUCUGCUGGCAGCCAGGAAAGACAAAAUUCUGCAGCUGCGGGCUGAGCUUGACCAGGACGUGGACGACUCAGUCAUAAAUUCAAGGCUAGUGGCCUACGCUUCAGAUCAGGCUCAUUCCUCAGUUGAAAAGGCAGGACUGAUCUCAUUGGUGAAGAUCAGGUUUCUGCCCACUGAUGAGGAGUUCUCUCUGAGAGGAGACACUUUGAAACAAGCCAUAGAAGAAGACAGGGCCAGAGGACUUUUUCCCUUCCUGUUGUGUUCAACUCUGGGAACUACAGGAGUGUGUGCCUUCGAUAAGCUAUCGGAACUGGGACCAGUCUGCGAGGAAGAAGGACUCUGGCUCCACGUUGAUGCUGCGUAUGCUGGCUCUGCUUACUUUUGUCCUGAGCUCCGUUGGUCCCUGAAGGGCAUUGAAUUUGCCCACUCUUUUGUUUUUAACCCUUCUAAGUGGAUGAUGGUCCAUUUUGACUGCACAGCAUUCUGGGUAAAGGAUAAAUAUAAGCUCCAGCAGACCUUCAGUGUUGAUCCUGUUUACCUCAGACAUGAAAACUCACAGGCAGCCACUGAUUUUAUGCACUGGCAAAUACCUCUCAGUCGACGCUUCCGUGCUCUGAAGCUUUGGUUUGUCAUGCGCUCCUUCGGACUGAAAAACCUCCAAGCUCACAUCAGACACGGGAUUGAGAUGGCAAAACUUUUGGAGUCUCACAUUAAGAGCGACCCAAAUUUUGAGGUUCCUGCAAAGAGACACCUUGGUCUGGUGGUCUUCUGCCUGAAAGGAGGGAACGCUUUGACCCAGGAGCUGCUGAGGAGACUGACUCGGUCAGGCACCAUGUACCUCAUCCCUGCAGAUAUUCAUACCAAACGCAUUAUCCGGUUUACGGUGACCUCACAGCACACUACUGCAGAUGACAUCCUCAGGGACUGGAGCAUUAUCUCUAAAACAGCUUCCACUCUCCUGGCUGAGAGGCAGACUUUGAAUUAUGCAGACCAGCCACAGUCAGGAGAAGAUGAUGUAAUAGGUGAUGAAGAAUACCAGGACUCUGUCUUUGACACUGAGUCUGAUGAGACAGAGGAUGAUGUUGCCAGGUUGGAAAAAGCUCAAGUGGAGCUGUGGCUUGACAAGGCUUGGGAUCGCUCUAGGAGACCAAUGCGAUCUCUUCGCUUCAACAGCGAGCCUCUGCCUUACACUUACAUAGCACCACAGUGCGGCUGUGACUUUGAAACUAAGUCUAGAGUUUCCAUAGGUGGUCUCCCUGUGCCUUCAACAACAGGAUCUGGUCCUACAAUUAAGAUUACAGAGAUGCCUUCAAAUGUUCUGGGCAAACAGGUCCUGAAAAAGCUGACAAAACUCUACAGUGUUCCCAGAUUCUGCAACCAGUGGGUGCAGUGUGGUCGGCACCAGCUGUGCUGCCCUCUGAAGGUUUCACCAGCAGCUCAAAAACACUUAUCCCCCACCUGCAGAAGAGUGAACUGUAUGUCUUCUAAAUCCUGUAGCCAACAAAGCUCCCCCUACUACCCCACUGGAAACUCCCACUGCACCUAAACUCCUCUAAUGAACUCCAAACCAGCACAAAGUCAUUCACAACCACACAAUAAUUCAGCUAUUAAUUGUUAAGCAGUUUACCUCAGCACAGGCUGUGCUGGUGCUGAGCCACGACAGUCACCUCUUGACAAACCGAUGAUCUCCAAAUUACAGUGGCAGUGAUAUGGGAAUUCCUCAUAAAAAAAUGAUAUUAUAAAGUAUUUCAGACUGAACAUGAGUUGAAAUGUAAUGAAAUACCUUGUAAGUGUAUAUAUCAAUGAUGCAAA